GAUAUAUAAUAUAAGCUCUCGUUACAAUCACCCUUCAUCUCUCUCGAAAGCUUCAUUCCCAUCAAAAGGUAAGUGAGAUUACUCUUUGACAGAUGGAGAUCACAAACGUAACCGAGUAUGAAGCCAUCGCAAAGGAGAAGCUGCCUAAGAUGGUAUACGACUACUAUGCCUCUGGUGCAGAAGACCAGUGGACUCUUAAAGAGAACAGGAACGCUUUCGCAAGGAUCCUCUUUCGUCCUAGGAUUCUGAUUGAUGUGAGCAAGAUUGAUAUGACAACAACCGUCUUGGGAUUCAAGAUCUCCAUGCCAAUCAUGGUUGCUCCUACUGCCAUGCAAAAGAUGGCUCACCCGGAAGGGGAAUAUGCUACGGCUAGAGCUGCAUCUGCUGCUGGAACCAUCAUGACCCUCUCUUCAUGGGCUACUUCCAGCGUUGAAGAAGUUGCUUCCACAGGUCCAGGGAUCAGAUUCUUCCAGCUCUAUGUAUACAAGAACAGGAAAGUGGUUGAACAGCUUGUGAGAAGAGCCGAGAAAGCUGGAUUCAAAGCCAUUGCUCUCACUGUAGACACCCCAAGGCUAGGUCGCAGAGAGUCUGAUAUCAAGAACAGGUUCACUUUGCCUCCAAACUUGACAUUGAAGAACUUUGAAGGUCUUGACCUUGGAAAGAUGGAUGAGGCAAAUGACUCUGGCUUGGCUUCAUAUGUUGCUGGUCAAAUUGACCGUACCUUGAGCUGGAAGGAUGUGCAGUGGCUCCAGACAAUCACCAGCAUGCCAAUUCUUGUCAAGGGUGUUCUUACAGGAGAGGAUGCAAGGAUAGCGAUUCAAGCUGGAGCAGCAGGGAUCAUUGUGUCAAACCAUGGAGCUCGCCAGCUUGACUAUGUCCCAGCCACUAUCUCAGCACUUGAAGAGGUUGUUAAAGCGACACAAGGACGAGUUCCUGUCUUCUUAGAUGGUGGUGUUCGACGUGGCACUGAUGUCUUCAAGGCACUUGCACUUGGAGCCUCAGGGAUAUUUAUUGGAAGACCAGUGGUAUUCUCACUUGCUGCUGAAGGAGAAACUGGAGUUAGAAAAGUGCUUCAAAUGCUACGUGAUGAGUUCGAGCUAACCAUGGCGUUAAGUGGGUGCAGGUCUCUCAGCGAGAUCACACGUAACCACAUUAUCACAGAGUGGGAAACUCCACGCCAUUUGCCUAGGUUAUAGAGGCCAAAACAAAGAAACAGAGAAGAGCAACAACACAGAGGUAAACCUAAUGAGAUUCUGAUUGGUGGUGACUUGGCAUCUACGCUACUAUUUAUCUCUCAAGGAUUUGUUUUUUUUUUUUGCUGUAAUUGAAACACACAAAAACAAUGACCGGAGACUCUAUGUAAUGCUAUUUGGCUACUUCUAUACCCUCAGUCCAUUCUUCUUCCUUGUAGCAAUGCUACUUGGAGAUUCUAUGUAAUGCUAUUUGAAUUUUUAGAACAUUCUAAGGGUAUUAUUUCAAUGAAAUUCUCAAAAGUAUAUAUAA